GGAUACUGGCGCCAGUCGCAUCAGGGUACAGCCACAUUUCAUUAAUGAGCGUAUGCCUGAGUACCUCACGGAGCAGGAGUUUCAGAGGUAGAAGUGUAGAACAGCUGAUCGCAAUCGUAGAUCCAAAUUCAAGUGGAAACUAUCCUUUCCCUUUUUUUUCUUAACCCAACAGACAACAACAUUACAACGAUGAUUCCGUGCACUGUGUCAUUGAGUACGAUCCACGGACUCUGUAUCUGAAACAAAUACAACAGCAGGAGAGAGCCAGUGAAAGUACCGCAACUCUUCUCAGUACUGACUGGGCUGACUUCUUUGGACUGAAAGGUGCCCUUUUGGAGACAAACGUGUUUAUUUUUUGGAAGCAGAGAUUAGAAUAUUGAGGAAGACAGAACCAUGGAAGUAGCAGCCGACCAGUCUCGGUGGAUGGCGCAUCACCACGCCGUGCUGAACGGUCAGCACCCGGACUCUCAUCACCACGGCCUGACCCACAACUACAUGGAGCCCAUGGCGCCGCUGCUGCCCCAGGACGAAGUGGACAUGUUUUUAAAUCAUUUGGACUCUCAAGGAAAUCCCUACUAUACCAACUCUAGGGCCAGAGUCACGUACAGCCCUGCACAUGCUCGACUUUCUGGAAAUCAAGUUUGUCGGCCACACCUCAUCCACAGCCCGGGCAUUUCGUGGCUGGACCCUGGAAAAGCGGCUCUCACUGCUGCCCACCAUCAUAACGCAUGGGCGGUCAGCCACUUCGGCAAACCUGGACUGCACCCUGCUACUUCAGGCUAUACCUGCAGUAGCUCCAGCACAGCCCCGGUUUCGUCGCUCACCCCAGCGUCUCACUCCAGCCCACACCUCUACAGUUUUCCUCCCACGCCUCCCAAAGACGUAUCUCCAGACCCUGGCCCUACAUCUCCAAUCUCCACCUCAACUCGAAUGGAUGAAAAAGAGUCUAUCAAGUACCAAGUGACUCUAACGGAUGGAAUGAAAAUGGAGAACUGCAGUCCCCUACGCAGCAGCCUAGUCUCGAUGAAUGCCCAAACUCCAGCUACUCACCAUCCUAUCCCGACAUACCCAGCAUAUCCUCUCCCAACACCACACGAGUAUGGUGGCAGUCUUUUCCACCCCGGGAGCCUGCUAGGUGGAUCCUCGUCCAGCUUUACGCCGAAGUGUAAAAGCAAAGCCCGGUCAUGCUCAGAAUUCUACUCAGAGGGGCGUGAGUGCGUUAACUGUGGAGCCACCUCCACUCCUCUUUGGCGACGGGAUGGUACAGGGCACUACCUGUGCAAUGCCUGCGGCCUGUAUCACAAGAUGAAUGGCCAGAAUCGACCCCUCAUCAAACCCAAGCGCAGACUGUCCGCUGCGAGACGAGCUGGCACCUGCUGCGCUAACUGUCAGACAACCACCACCACUCUUUGGAGGCGCAACGGCAAUGGCGACCCGGUGUGCAACGCCUGCGGGCUCUACUACAAACUGCAUAACGUUAACAGGCCUCUGACCAUGAAGAAGGAGGGUAUUCAGACACGCAACCGCAAGAUGUCCAGCAAGUCCAAGAGAAGCAAGCGGGCUGGAGAUGGUUUUGAUGAGCUUUCAAAAUGCAUGCACGACAAGUCUUCACCCUUCGGCGGUCCCCCUGGCUUGGCUAGUCACAUGACCCAUAUGAGCCACCUAACCCCCUUCAGCCAUUCCGGACACAUGCUGCCCACGCCCACGCCCAUCCAUCCCUCCUUUGCCCACCCCCACCACACAAAUCGGUCGCCAGCCUGGGCUGAACCACACUGAAGCUCUCCCAGAGCCGCCUCCCUCCCUCCCUUAUCACAGGCCCUUCACCAGCAUCUCCACCAGUGUCAGAUCUCCCCGGGGCAGGAGCUGGGAUGCCUUAUGUGCAGCUUCAUGUGGAAAGACUGCGAGUAGAGAACUUUUCUGUCUCACAUGACCUUGUUGAGAGAAUUUUGAAAAGGACAACAAUUUUAUCACGUCUCUGUCAAGAGAGAAAAAGAGAGAGUUUCUCACCUCGAGUGUGUUGGUGUCUGAGCUUGAUGGGCGUGAAUGGGGACACUCAUAGUUGUUUUGCCUUUUUGUACUUUGUCACUUUGGUACCCCUGUGUCCACCAUCCUGUGAAAGAGAAGACUACAAGAGGUUCCACAACCACUGCUUUCACCUCCUAGACCUCCAACUUGUACUGAGACCCCCCCCCCAUCCUCCCUGCCUCUCUCUUCUCCUCCCUGCCUCCAUCUAUGGCUGCUGUGGACAGACUGUGUAGUGUUGUGGCCGAUCAAGACGUCCGGACCCAACCACCCACCGUGGACCCAACCACAUGCUGGAUAAAACACCAAGAACCUGGUCACCUGUUUUUAAAGGACUUUGAUGGAAAAAAGACACAAGGAAAUAGAAUGUUUAUAAAUGCUUAAUUGCUAUUAUUGUUGUUAUAAUUGAUGUUAUAAUUAUUAUGAUAACUUAUUUUCACUUUUUUGCUUUCUUCAAAGACACAUUGAUUUUAAUGUCAUUGUUAUUACAUAACAGAAAAAAACUGACCUAUCUUAGACAAGUUGUUCCUGAGCUGUACGUUUUUAUCAUUUUUUCCAUCUCAUAAAAUAAAGGAAAUAAAGUUUAAUACUAAAUUAA